UUCAUGUUUUGGAAUGUCGCAGCACAAUGUCGUCGGAUACGUCGUGCCUGACGUGAUUCGUGUAUUCCGAGCAUAUGUCUCUUGCCCGGAUGCCAGAGCCAGGCGCUGCCGCGACUGGUGGCAGCCUUAGUGAUUUUUCACGUCGCAACGUCUCGUCGUCUAGCAUGCAGAUACUGGUCCUGCGACAGUGCCCGAGCGUAUAAUCACGAUGAGACGAUUAUGGCGAUCGGACUAUCGGAUGGAGAAUUGCGCGGUCGCGGAAUCGUCCGUCGAGACUAGAGCGGCCGGGGAAAGAAGCUCUUCUAGUGACUUAUGCGCGACCAGGGAUGCGGCACUGCGUUUCCAUGACGACCUCGUCGCGGAGAUGAUCUUCCGGCGUCCUCCCGUAACUUAGCAACUGCGAUCGGGAUCUAAUCUGUCCUCGCCAGCGGAUUCAGCGAUCCGCGUGAUACAGAAUAUUAUGAUGAAGGGGCCGGGGAUUUCUCGAGCCGAACCUGCUCAUCGACAACGACGUGAAUGACCACGCGCGAUAGCGGCUUCUCUUUAGAUACACACUGUCUUACGAAACGCUCGAUCGUCAGUAUCGCCCAUUCCCGUUGCACGCGGUGGGUACUGAUUGUAUACUUGUCUGACUGAAACGGUACACGUAAUUGCGUCAGAGAAAUUUUUUUUUUUUUUUUUUUUUUUAAGUAAGAGCGAAUAUCGCGAUGACGACGGAAAGUAUCGUCGGGACGAUCAGCGCGGAAAUGCCCCACGUGCCGAAGGAGAACAAUCACACGAUGGGAAACAUCAAGGACGGCGUGAUCGAUUUCGUUGCCGGCUCGCUUGGCGGUGUAGCACUCGUCUACGUAGGCCAACCGCUGGACACGGUGAAGGUAAAAAUGCAGACGUUUCCGUCCAUAUAUAAAGGCAUGACGAAUUGCUUUCUGCGUACAUUAAGGACAGACGGUAUCGCAAGGGGUUUGUACGCCGGAACAAUCCCCGCGGUGGCUGCCAACGUCGCCGAGAAUUCAGUAUUAUUCGCGGCAUACGGCGGAUGUCAGAAAGCGAUCGCCCAUUUAUUAGGUGCACAGAGCGUAAAAGAACUGAACUCCUUCAGCAACGCCUGCGCCGGCUUCUUUGCUGCAUUUUUCUCGUCGCUGACACUAUGUCCGACCGAGUUGAUAAAAUGCAAGUUGCAGGCGAUGAAGGAAGUCGAACAGAUGCAAACAGCCACGAAUAAAUCCACGAAACCUCGCAUAGGGCCGUGGAAUCUAACGAGACAGAUUCUUAAGGAGCAAGGUGUAAGAGGCCUGUUUACAGGUCUGUCGUCGACGAUAGCCCGAGAGAUGCCAGGCUAUUUCUUCUUCUUCGGUGGUUACGAGGCCACGAGAGAGUUGCUGACGAUGAAGGGUCAGAAACGGGACGACAUCGGCUGGCAGAGAACGAUGGUGGCCGGCGCGGUGGGUGGCACGAUGCUUUGGCUAGCGAUAUUUCCCGCUGAUGUGGUUAAAAGCAGAAUACAGGUGCAAAACUUAAAAACACCCGCCUUAAUAAUCUUCAAAAAUAUUGUGCGGCAAGAAGGCAUCGGCGCAUUAUACAACGGAUUGACACCGACCUUAAUAAGAACGGUACCGGCGACCGCGACAUUGUUCAUCACCGUCGAAUACACGAAGAAACUUAUGUACAAUUAUUUUUGAAACCGGCUUCAGUAUUUUCGUUUUCUCAUGCCUCUUGAAUCUGAUGAUAGGAAAAUUCUAAACUGGUCAAAUUGUGUGCCGUACUCUACAUCGCCUAUAUACCUGUAAAUAUUAGAAAAUGAUAUAUGUCCAAUAUGUAUAAUAAUUGUUAUUAA